AUGAGGAUCCUUUCCACGCUCUUCCUACUUCUUAGUUUGAUUCUUACAAUUGAGGCAACGAAACUCAAGGCACAGCUAGACUCUUAAGCAAAUGCAAACGAGAUGCUCUAAUAAGUUUAAGAUAGGAUGGUUCUCUUUUCUUCCAAAAUUUGUCGUGACAAAUGCGUCUUUCUCGCAGAGGUUUAACAAACAGAUGGCUCGGUGAUUUCAAAGAGAUGUGUCUCAUCAACAACAUGCUCCAGUGACAAUAUCUGCCUUAAGGUGAAAUUUAUCUCCCUAGCAGACAAAUGCUGGUAUAAAGUUUGA